CGGCCUCGGGUGUGGGGUGGGCCGGGCCCCGCCAUUCUCCUUCCAGCGGCGUACGGUGACGCCGAGUGUUGUCUGCCGACGUCGGAGUUAGGGGAAGCGGCGACGCGAAGGUUCCAGCGCCCAUUCAGCUGCUGCGGGAGAAGUUUGGGGGCCUCAGCCUGCGGUGUUUUGGCACGGAGAUGCUGCCGCGGAGGGAGGGGGUAGCAGUCUCCUGGCCUGAGGUCAGGCUGCAUGGCGUUAGGGAAAGGCCUGAGCGAACUGGGGUUGUCAUCUGGAGAAGAGGACGUUGAGAGAAGCUCUCAUUGCUCUCUGCAACUCCGUGAAAGGAAGCUGCAGUGAGUUGAAUUUCUAGUUUCCACUUCCAGUAUUGAUGAUCUUGAAAGUGCAUUUGGAUCCAUUUUGUUCUAUCACUGAACAAAUCAAGAGCUUUCUCUCCUAUUUCACAGCGGUACAGACAGCUUAAUAUCGUAUGACCUCACUUCUCCAAAUUAAAUGAAAGAAGAGUUUUCGCUAGCUUUCCAUGAAGCUCAGCUGUUGCCUGUUAAUUUUGACUGUUACUGCUGAUCCUUCCAUUGGAUUUACACUGGAAAAUGUAGCUUUUAACAGGACAGUUGCUCUUGGGACUUUCAAUGCGUCACUUCAUACAGUGUCUCAAGCGUUCAUAAGUUCUCCGGCACACCAUGAUAUCAUUGCCAAGGAGGGGACCAGUAUUUUAAUUGAAUGUAAACUGAACAACAGCCACUAUGAAUCUAUUCUUUGGUAUAACUCCAGAGGACAUCUGCUUGAACAGAAGGAUGAAGGUGGCCGAUGGAGGAUUGCUGACAAUUCCCUUAACAUCACAAAGGUCAGAUUUGCUGACCGGGGCCGGUACACCUGUGCAGGGGUUAACCAUAAUGACACCGCCUAUUACACAGUCACCCUGAGGGUUGUCUUCACCUCGGGGGACAUGAGUAUCUACUAUAUGAUUGUGUGCCUCGUUGCCUUUGCCAUCACCCUCAUUUUAAACAUAACCCGGCUGUGCAUGAUGAGCAGUCACCUGCGCAAGACAGAGAAGGCUAUCAACGAGUUCUUCAGGACGGAAGGGGCUGAGAAGCUUCAGAAGGCUUUUGAGAUAGCCAAGCGCAUCCCUAUCAUCACGUCUGCCAAAACGCUAGAGCUGGCCAAAGUCACUCAGUUCAAGACCAUGGAGUUUGCUCGGUACAUUGAGGAGCUUGCCAGAAGCAUUCCCCUGCCACCCCUGAUCCUCAACUGCCGGGCCUUCGUGGAGGAGAUCUUCGAGGUCGUGCGAGUUGAGGAUCCUGAUGAAGUUGGUGAGGAGGGAAAGCAGAGCCAGGCCUGCGGUACCCAGGCUGCGCUGUACCCCAGCAACCCAGAGAUCAAGCGCAGCGACUCGCCGGCUGCGGAUUCAGACGAUGGGUCCAUGAACGAGCAGGGCCAGGAGAUAGCUGUCCAGGUGUCCAUUCACCCACAGUCAGAAGUGCAGAGUAUUGACACUGUUUCUCACGACAGUUGCCAGUUUGCACCUUCUGAGGAGGGCAUCUGCUGAGCCCAGCGCUGUUGUGAAAGAAGCACAGAUGGCCCCAGGAUGCUACCAGCAGAAGGGUCUGCAAACCUCAGUCCCAUCUGCACAAGUGCUUUUCAACUUGUGAGGUGCCAGAACUGCUACUGUAUCUUCUGUCAGUGUUCAUCUAAUGGUUCCAAGUCUGUUAGAGAAAGCCAUUUGGAAUACUGUGCAGUGGCUUUUCUCUUUAAAGAAAGCUUUCUAUGCUUAAAAUAUUUACUAAAUAGGAAUUCUUUGUCCUUGACUCCUUGGUAACUUCUGAUACUUUUCAUCUGUAUUAGAAGUGACCAAGCUGAGCGGUACAAACUUGCAAUAAGAUCUUUUCCUUUGUAAACUCUCUUCUUCCUUCACAAAACGAAGCUGGAAUUCCUUUGAUCAGUGUUGCUGUCCUGACCAAUUGAGUUGUGUGCUCUUUUUGGAUUGCCUCUUGGUGCAUGUAGCCCAUAAGAACUAUGGUGAGCUUGAGCAAAUCUGUUUUGUGUUGUGUGCUUCUAUGUCGCUAUCAAAACGUACUGUACUUGGGGAGAGAGCAGUACCAGGAUCUGCUGCUGGAUUAAACAAAUUGUUGUUUCAAAGCAGCUUAGAGAACAACCAGGGGGUCUCAGUUUUCCAUGCAUCUGCAGAAAACUCGUGUGUACUCCAGCGUGUGGAGAGCGAAUUGUAACAGGGCUUGUCACUUACACUCGGUGCUGAUUGCCAAAGCGCCUUACCCUGGCUCUGCCUGACAGAAUGGAGCAGCAGCAGCACUGCUGGCCAGCACUGUCUGUCCUUUGACUUUGCUGAUUUCACUGCCUCUAGAAAAUCCAAAGUUUUAUAUUGUAUUUGCUGUAGCUUUGAGGAAAAGAAUGACAGUAAUAUGUAAUGGCAUGAUUUAAAGAUGAAUUCAUCUACACAUCAGGUGUCUCAGGCACCUCUUUCUGAACAGCAUUACCAUACGGAGGUGAGAAGCAGUGACAUUCCUUGCUCUGGCCAGUGCUUGCAGAAAGCAGUGCGAGGGAGUGGACAGCACCUCCUUCUGAACAGCAUUACCAUAAGGAGGUGAGAAGCAGUGACAUUCCUUGCUCUGGCCAGUGCUUGCAGAAAGCAGUGCAGGGGAGUGGACAGCACCUCCUUCUGAACAGCAUUACCAUAAGGAGGUGAGAAGCAGUGACAUUCCUUGCUCUGGCCAGUGCUUGCAGAAAGCAGUGCAGGGGAGUGGACAGCACCUCUUUCUGAACAGCAUUACCAUAAGGAGGUGAGAAGCAGUGACAUUCCUUGCUCUGGCCAGUGCUUGCAGAAAGCAGUGCAGGGGAGUGGACAGCACCUCUUUCUGAACAGCAUUACCAUAAGGAGGUGAGAAGCAGUGACAUUCAUGGCUCUGGCCAGUGCUUGCAGAAAGCAGUGCAAGGGAGUGGACAGCACCUCCUUCUGAACAGCAUUACCAUACGGAGGUGAGAAGCAGUGACGUUCAUGGCUCUGGCCAGUGCUUGCAGAAAGCAGUGCAAGGGAGUGGACAGCAGUGUUUGCUGGAGUAACUCAUUGAACAUGCCCAGUCUCAUCUGCUGAAAAGGGGUGGCAGAAGGGAGCAGUGCAGGUGCUGACAUACUUAACACACCUAAGUUCUUCACCAAGGAUCUCACUCACAACUUCCUCAGCUGUAGAGAUCCUGCCUCCAGAAAUCAGAGUGCAGACAAGAAUGUAGUUUCUUCUUUCACUCUUUGGUGCUGGGUUUCUUUUUUUCCAUUCCUGUGUAAGUUAUAUCACUUAAAUAGCAUUUUAUAUCCUGUUGAGAUUUAGUAGAUGUAAGGCUUGUAAGCACUCCACAAAUUAAUUUCUUACAACUACUGGAAGCAUAUUGCCAUAUAAUUUUAACUACUUGGCAACAGGAGCACCAUUUAAUUUCCCACAACUCUUUUUUUCCCCUUUCCUUAUUAUUACAGAAAUGUCAGUUGAACAAGUGAUUCUGGACUGUUGCUCAGGAUUCUUAAGAGGAUUUGACAUUACAUGUACAUGAGCAGAGUUGGAAAACAAGCAGGCACAGUGGUAAUGACAGGGUGGGGCCAUCUGCUGUAAUGCAUGCUCAUAACAAAGGGCACAAGCAAAUUAUCUGUAUCAUAGCAGAUCAGAGAAUGGGAAACUGAAGCAUUUAUUACCGUUUUAAACUACCUUCUGGGGAAAAGUUCUUCAGUCAGCCACCAGUAAAUGUGGUGUAAGGUGAGAGUGGUGUUUAUCAGGAAGGGAGAAAAUUGCUAGCCUUGGUUAUAGUGGUGUUCCCACCAGCAUGGUACCAUUGGAAGACUGUAACAAAAUCUGCUUCAGGGGAAUAAAGCCUUCUGUAGACACUUAAAGUACUUCUUGCCCUCAGCUUCAUUUUUUGCUUCCAUAAUUCGAUGGCACUUUCUGUCCAGGUGAAAAGCUUGUGUAGUUUUGUGUAGCUUGUCUGGUUUCUUCAGUUGUUUUUUUUCUGAGGUGAUCAGUGUUGAAAGAUAGCCUUGUGGAUAAGAAGCCCUGGUAAGAUAGUCCUGGCUUCACUUGUGUACUACAGUGAAGUCUGCAAGUUUGUUGCACAUUCAUGAGUGGAGAUUUGAAGGAUUGUGCCAUUUUGGGUGUCUUAGUUGAAUGAGAUGAGUGCUACAAGAGAGAAUGAAUCUCCUUUGUGCCACAGGCCAUCAAGUUUGUACCUGCACCUGCCUUUUUCCCCCAUAUACAGCUCUCCCUGCCUCUGUGAAACUGUUGCAUUGUACGUGGCAGUAGCUUCUUGGGCAUUUUUCCUCCAACUACAUGCACAGGGUAGAGAUGCAGCUACAAAAUCAAAGCUCCCUUUAAUUGCUUCCUAAGAAGCUGUUAUGCAGUCAUGAUUGACAAAUAUCUCAUCAGAAAUGGCAGCUCCCAGGCAGCAGGAUGACACUAGAGGUGUGCCAGAUGGGUGUCAGGAGAGCAGUUUCUAGAUUAAUUCAAUCUGGGUUUUUAUUUUUAUACUUUAUUUACACAGCUCCAAGUUCUUACUAAGCUCAGUGUCUUUGUGUGUCCUGGUGCUGAUGGAGAGGAAAGUGUGAUCAUGCAUACAAGUCCUCAGAAAUGCAGUUGCAGUGUCAAUUGCUGAGUAGUAAAGUUAAGCAUUUUUGCUGAGCUAUUACAGCCUUUUACUCACUAAAUUAAUUUCAUUCCUGGGAAGGAGGCUGUUUUGUGAUGAUUUCACUAAAUCAGGAGUACUUAUUAAGUGUAGAAACUGAUCCUACUCUGAUUGAAUUCAAUUAAAACAGAUCUGAAGCUCUAGUGUAUUUUACAAACAACAGCAGAGGAUUUUUAUGCAUCUGAAAGCAAGGCUGAUGGUGAUGUUAUGCUGGAAAUGUGAUUUCCAGAGAAUGAAACCUGACACUGGUUUCCAAACAACUUGUCAACUGUUCCCAUUUAUCCUUAGUAGACAUGUGCACAUCAGUUUGUUUGAUGGGUCCAUUUGAAGAUUAACAUUGAAAGACCAUAGAAUCAUAGAAUCAACCAGCUUGGAAGAGACCUCGAGAUCAUCCAGUCCAACCUAGCACCCAGCCCUGUCCAAUCAACCAGACCAUGGCACUAAGUGCCUCAUCCAGGCUUUUCUUGAGCAUCUCCAGGGAUGGCAACUCCACCGCCUCCCUGGGCAGCCCAUUCUAAUACCAAUCACACUCUCUGCCAACAACUUCCUCCUAAGAUCCAGCAUAGACCUCCUAUGGCACAACUUGAGACUGUGUCCCCUUAUUCUGUUGCUGCUUGCCUAGUAGAAGAGAUCAACCCCCAUCUGGCUACAGCCUCCCUUCAGGUGGUUGUAGAAAGCAAUGAGCUCUGCCCUGAGCCUCCUCUUCUCCAGGCUGCACACCCCCAGCUCCCUCAGCCUCUCUUCAUAGGGUUUGUGUUUCAGGCCUCUCACCAGCUUUUGCUGCCCCUCAUUCCUCUCUUAACUUUUUGUGGGACAAGGAGAGCCUGCAGUGAUUUCCUUGCUUUAAGUUCUUUGACAAUCACAAGGCUGUUUUCCUUUCUUCUUCUUGUUUGCCUUUCUUAUUUCCAAUAAUGGUAAAUCAGCUUGUUACCCAAGAGUACCUAAACCUAACUUUGUAGUGGUUAUUUAUAUUACCUGACAUUGUAAUGGAACUGUUUAAUGUAACCACCUAGGAUUUCAUACUUUCAUAAAAUGAACUGGUAGAUUUGCAAAAUAAAUUAAACCAAAAAAGA